AUGCAACUAGAAGCAUGUGGUAGAGUUCAUUCUCUUGAAGAGGGUGGCCUGAAUGAUCAAGAUAUAGAACAGCUGCUUCUUGAAGCUGAAUCUCGACUGCAAACAUGUAAAGAUCAGCCAACGAGCACUUCGCCGGGCCAAGCCAUUGGCCGUUCGGAAAAGCCCUUCUCGAACAUUCCGAAGUUAACAACUGACUCCUCAUUACAAUCUUAUAUUGCGCAGCGAGACGAUGUUGCCUCAGCUGAUACAAAACGCAUCAUUGAUCCCUUGCAAAUGACUUUAUCAAAUAAGAGCCUGUCCGCCCUUAAAACCCAGCAGUCUUCUGUCAACCACUCAACACAUAAGGAAAAGCCGACCGCUGGUGCCGAUUGGUUCCAUCUUCCAAAGACAGAAUUGACAACAGAGCUCAAAAGAGAUCUUCAACUCGUCAGGAUGCGUUCUGUAUUAGAUCCCAAGCGGCAUUACAAGAAAGAAGGCGGCAAGGCACAGCCUCCAAAAUACUCUCAGUUGGGAACAAUUAUUGAGGGUCCAACGGAAUUCUUCAGCGGUCGCAUUGUCAAGAAAGACCGCAAGAAGACCUUCGUUGAAGAUGCUUUGGCUUUGGAGCGGGAAACCAAACGCUUUGCAUCUAAAUACAGGGAGAUCCAGUCAUCGAAGCAAAGCGGCAAAAGAUCUUUCUACAAAAACCUUCGUGCGAAAAGAAACCGUCAAAGAAAAUGA